UAAAUAUUGGCUUGUGCAUAAAAUCAUUUUCGCAAGUAUCAUUCCGAUCCGUUCGCUCUUUGCAAUGCGAAGUCUUCUGGGAUGCAUCGUGCUGAUUGCCGCUCUGGUUUUGGACCACGUUCAUGGCCAGGACAUCGCCAAUCACACUAUUGAUGUGGAAAAGGUGGCCAAAUUGGUCCUUCCCAAUAAUCAUGACACUCGCGUUAUCGGCGGCCAAGUUACCACAAACUGGAAGUUGGGUGGAUACCUAAUGGCAUUAGUAUAUGCCGGAGAUUUUGUCUGCGGUGGCACUCUUAUCCAUGACCUCAUCGUUCUUACGGCGGCCCACUGCUUUUUGGGCCGGAUGAAGGUUUCGGAUUGGACUGUGGUUGCCGGUAUAUCGAAGCUCGAUCAAAAAGGUGUACGUCGCAAAGUAAAGGACUUUAUCUUGUCUGAAAAGUUUAAAGAGGAAGAUAUGAAUAUGGAUGUGGCCGUGAUGCUUCUGAAAAGUUCUUUGAGAGUCAAGGGUAUUGGAAAACUAUCGUUAUGCUCGGUAAACCUUAACCCAGGUCUUGAAUUAACUGUUUCCGGAUGGGGUAUGACCGUUGCCAGAGGAAGUGGGCCGCAGACAUUACUACGAACGGUCACCGUGCCAAUUAUUCACAAGAGUAACUGUCGUGCCGCCUAUCAGCCAAUGGCUAAAAUAACAGACAGUAUGAUAUGCGCCUCAGUAUUGGGAAAAAAAGAUGCCUGCACCUACGACUCCGGAGGUCCAUUGGUUUACAAAAAGCAAGUUUGCGGCAUUGUGUCCUUUGGAAUUGGAUGUGCUAGCAAACGUUAUCCUGGCGUCUACACGGAUGUCAUGUACGUUAAGCCCUUUAUCUUAAAGAGCAUUAAGGUACUUCUAAAGCGUUGAAUAAAAUCUUUGUUCACAAUUUA